CCCUGUACCUAAACCGCUCUCGGCCGGCGCGAGAAGUUUUUGAAGUGUGUGCAACUUAAAAAUUCUUUUUAUUUAUUAUUACGUUUACAUUUAAGGUUGAUUCAGUUAUUUUAAAGCGUUAAAUAUGGACAGAAAAAUUAUAAUUUUUGCCGCGCUCCUUAGUUGCGGUGUCGAUGCAAAAGAGCCCAGAUUCGUGGACGCGGGAUCCAACGUGACGGUGGUGGUGGGCCGCGAGACCACGCUCACGUGCCGGGUGGAAGACUUGAACGAUUAUAAGGUGGCCUGGCUGCGAGUAGACACCCAGACCAUCCUCACUAUCGGUCCCCACGUCAUAACCAAGAACCACCGCGUGGGCGUCGCGCGCGGCUCUGCGCAGGCGUGGGCGCUGACGCUGCGCGACGUGCGGCCGGCCGACGGCGGCGCAUACAUGUGCCAGGUCAACACCGAGCCCAUGAUCACGCAGACGCACCAGCUGCAGGUUGUCGUGCCUCCGGAUAUCGUGGAUAGCGGCAGCAGCGGAGAGGUGAUGGUACGCGAGGGCGAGAACGUGUCCAUACACUGUGCAGCCUCGGGGGUUCCGCCCCCCACCAUCAUGUGGAGGAGAGAGGACGCGGGGGUCAUGAUGAUUGGGGAUCAGAGCGUGAGCAAAUGGAGUGGCGUCUGGUUGAAUCUCACGGCCGUCGAGAGGGCCAUGAGCGGCGCCUUACUCUGCAUCGCGAGUAACGGAGUACCGCCUUCUGUCAGCAAGCGGAUACCCCUACGUGUGUUGUGCAAGCCAUCUGCAGUAGUGACACAGAAAAUGAUAGGGGGCUAUUUGGGACAAUCGGUGUUGCUACAGUGCAAAAUAGAGGCGUACCCGACACCGAGUGUCUACUGGACACACAUCAACAUCAACAGGAUACAAAACGGUUCGAAGUACCAGACGCUCAUAAAAUCCAACAGUUACAAGCACACAGCCGUACUGAAGAUCGACGACGUGUCGCGGGAUGAUAUUGGCGCGUACCAGUGCGUCGCUGAGAAUGUGCUCGGUACGGCGCGGGACGACAUCACGCUUUACACUCUUGCCACGACUACCACGAGUACCACGAUUGUGACCACCACCAGGCCGCCCACAGUUGUGACGGAACCUACUUCCACGCAACCAUAUAUAGAGUUAGACACGAGUUCGGAGGAGUACGUGGUCGUGCUGAGUCAACAUCAAAUGCAGAAUUUAGAAUUAUCGCCAAGUUUGUGACCAGAGAAAAGUCCAGACCACUGGCCACUGUGGUCUGCCUCGCCCAAAGUGUCGCCUUCCUUAAACUUACUAUACAUUAUUAUAAUUGCGAUCGCAUGCUGAAGCUACGGGAUUAGUGGUGUUUAUGUGUGUUUAACAAUUACACGGUGUAUAUGUAUAGCAUACAGAGCUUAAGAGUUUUUAGAAUAAUUCCACUUUACAUCGAAUAAUUUUAAUAAUGCAAAUUACUGUAUAUACAUAUAUAAGCAUAAGAUACAGGAUAUACCGCUAGUCAGAACUAUUUAUUACUACUAUUGGUACCGUUAUUGCAAACCAUUGCGAUCCAUAGACAACCAUGUUGCUACAACUUCUUCAGUUUGUUUUAAAUUUAUCGUGGUGAAACAGCUACGUGUAAAUAUAAUCGAAUGCAAUGAGCAUUUUGGAAAAAUAAUCUGCAGAAACAUUAUUCUUAUAAAACGCAAUAUUUGUUUCCAACUUUUCACUUUUACGCUGGACUAUGACACACCUUAUAAUAUUUAAAACUUUCGCGGUUUGAACACAUAUUAAAUCACAUUUACAAACGGGUCUAUCGCGAAUUUAUUUUGUUACCUUUAUUUACCGACAUUUCGACACAGGUUUCACUGGUCGUGGUCGCGGCUAACUGACGUCCCAGCAAAAUGUCAAAACAGAGAUUUGUGUGACUACCCCACGAAAAGUGAAACCAGUGAAACCUGUGUCGAAACGUCGGUAAAUAAAGGUAACAAAAUAAAUUCGCGAUAGACCCGUUUGUAAAUGUGAUUUAAUAUAUGACACACCUUGUAUAUAAUUCAUGUCGUUUACUAAGAUUUUUCAUCUUUUGGCAACGGAUUAUACGAAAAUAUUUAAAUUAAUUCUGCAACCAAUCGUACCAAUAUGUACAUUUUAAUUCUGAAAUCCUGUGAAACUAUUACAAGUAUUAAAUUUAUCUAAUGCGAUAAAUAUGUUGAAAAUUUAGUUUUAACUUGAUUACCUAGUUUUACAGUUGAAUAGUGUUCCGUAAAUUAAAAAAAUACCCCCACACUGUACAAGACAGUUCUUAUUUCACUAAGUUGACCAUAAAUUAAUACCUAAAACAGGCAUUUCACUGUAAAAAGUUUAUAAAGAAGAAUUCCAUUUAUGCACGCUGGAUGUUCCUUCUAAGGCAUUCCCAUGAGGCUCGAUGGCCAUCGACGUAACAUUCAAUUCGCAGUUUCUUUUGAAAGUAUCUCAACAGUUGCGCUCUCCUUCUCCUUUCAAGAAAAAUGACACAAAGAGACGACAAUUCCAACGUUUCGCCAUUUCCUUAGCUUAGACGGGAUAUCCAGUGUGAACACAAGAUCCUUGCACGGAGUAGCCAUUGACAGGCGUUCCUCUUUGUCUAAAAUAGUC